AUGAGCGGCAAUAAGUAUGCAGAUUUGCCAGACAUCGACACCGCCCCCGACAUCUACGAGACAGAAGACAUCUUCUCAUCUUCUCAUCCCAACGAUGGUGGCUCAAGUGACGAAGACGUCGCCAUCGCUCGUACAACCGUCAAAGGCAGAACAGAUUUAAACAUGGGAGACGAGCUCGACCUCAGCAAUUUACUUGCAACAGAGGAAGCUAGCAAGAAAUUUAUAAAGGCAGAGAGGAGACGUGAUCGGAACAAGAACCAAUAUACUUACCUUCAUUCACCUACUUCCCCCACAGCGACCGUGAAAUCACGCAAUCCCCCCCUCUCUCAGAGGCUUCGUGCGUUGCAAUCCGAACUGGCAUCCCUUGAAGAGGAACUCUCUGAUCCUUCGAAUCCGUUGUUACAAAAAGAGAGAGAUGAAGAGAGUCUCGACCCCGGAGAGCUUAUUAGAGGUCUAGUUGACGUUCGGGGAAGGUUGGAAAAAAUAAGGAAGGAAAAGGAAGGCCGAAGCAAAUUAGUUGGCGUGAUUAUUGGCGACACUGGGAGCGUUGACCGAGGGGAACAAGACAAGGAGAAUCAACGUAUUGAAGAUACCAAGCCAUCUAGUGACAAAACUCUUCACAGCGUCGUUGACAUGGAUAGGCGCGUGGGAGAAUUGGAGAAACUGGUGGGCGCCUCCAGCGCAACUCUGGACGAGACCUCACCUCUUCCCUCCCCGCUUCUUCCACUGAUUACGCGUCUGAAUAGUCAGUUGACGCUUCUCACACAACCGCGGCAUAUUGACUCCAUAUCUCGCCGGCUUAAGCUUCUGCUAUCCGAUCUUGAUCGUGCAUCGGCUGCCCAGCACCAUCGUCGACACCCCUCACAACCCAUUGCCAUCCCACAACCCUCUCCGCUCUCAGAGCAACUGCUCCCUCUUCUUUCCAGGCUGGGACCUUCGUUGCCGCACAUUCCACAUAUUCUGGCACGCUUACGCACGCUCUCCAUGCUGCAUACUGCAGCUGCGGACUUCAAGAACUCGCUUGGAGACUUGGAACAAGACCAGAAAAAGAUGCGUAGCGCCCUUGAAGAACUUGAAGAGGCCGUAUGCACGAUUGAGAAAAGUAUGGAAGACAAUCGACAAGUGGUCAAAGGGAAUGUUACAGGACUGGAGGACCGAGUCAGUGUGUUGCUGAAAAGGCUUCAAGAUGCACGUUUGGCUUAG